GUGGAGACUUUCACGCAUUAACCACUCACCUUUGCAACCACCUACACUACCACCACCACCAACAUAGAGUCAUGCCUCGCGCAAUUAUAUCUCCUUCAGUCCUUGCCUCUGACUUCGGGCAACUCAGUGCAGAAUGCAAGAGAAUGAUCAAAGGCGGAGCGGAAUGGUUACACAUGGAUUCAAUACUCUUAUCCGAUGUCAAUCUGUCCCAAUCCAGCCACUUCGUGCCCAAUAUCUCAAUGGGUGCACCAGUCCUGUCUUGCGUUCAUAAAGGUGUCCCGGGCAUAUUCAUGGAUUGCCAUAUGAUGGUUGCACAGCCCGAGAAACCACCUGAUGCUGUUUCGCUUAUCAACGCCAUACAUGCGCGAAACAUGAAAGCUGGGGUAGCCAUUUCUCCGGAUACGCCAUCCACAGCCAUCACGGAUGAAAUAGGCGCAGUAGCAGACAUGCUUUUGGUUAUGACUGUUGCCUCACGUGGCGCAGGACGUGGCGGUCAAAAAUUCCUCGAGCGGUGUGUACCGAAGGUUGCGGAACUGCGGGCACGCUUCCCAGAAAAGGACAUCGAGGUCGAUGGCGGUGUUGGGCCCAAGACAAUUGAUAUCUGUGCCGAUGCAGGCAGCAACGUCAUUGUAGCAGGAACUGCUAUUUUUAACGCGCCAAAUCCAGAAGGCGUCAUUACUUCACUGAAGACUACCGUUAAUACCGCUCAAGCGAGAUUCUCGAAGUAGAUGCUGAAGUCGCUGAACUGCUGAUCGCACGAUAUGUAUUA